GAUUUUUAUUAAGAAAACACCUAAAGAGAAAAACCUCCCAAAAAAACCCUCUAAAAAACUUUGUUCUUCACAAAUUAACAACUCCUUUGUAAUUCUUUCUGUAAUCCGAUAAUGAAUACAUGUAAAACAACCCCAAAAAUCAAGACAACGAUAAAGGACUACAUUUUGAGAGAAAAAAUCAGUGAAAACCCAUUAUCCACUGUUUGGAGAGCUAAUAAUCUGAAUUACCCUGACACUCCAGAUGUUGUUUUGAAGAAAAUCAACCUUCUUAUGUUAACCCCAAAACUCAAAUCUUCCCUUGAUUGUGAGAUUAACUUCUUAUCCACUGUUAAUCAUCCUAACAUCAUUCGUCUUCUUGAUUUCUUCCAGGUUGAAGGUUGUUUUUAUUUGGUUUUUGAGUUUUGUAAUAGAGGUGAUCUGGCUACUUAUAUUUGUCGCUGUGGUAGAGUUCAAGAGCAAAUUGCGAGAGAGUUUAUGUGUCAACUAGGGGCUGGUUUGAAUAUACUGCGAAGCUAUCAAAUUGUCCAUCGAGAUUUGAAGCCAGAGAACAUUCUAUUAUCCAGUUCUGACAGUGGUUUGGUACUAAAGAUUGCUGAUUUUGGCCUUUCAAGAUUUUUGAAUUCGGGGGAUUAUGCUGAAACUGUUUGCGGCUCACCAUUGUAUAUGGCCCCAGAAAUGCUGGGAUUUCAAAGAUAUGAUUAUAAAGUUGACAUGUGGAGCAUCGGGGCAAUCUUUUUUGAACUUUUAAAUGGUUAUCCCCCUUUCUACGGCAGGACUAAUGUUCAGCUCUUGAAGAACAUCAAGACUUCUAUAGGCCUUCCUUUUUUGCAGCUUGUCCUACAAAAAAUACAUCCAGACUGCUUCGACAUGUGUUCUAGGCUGUUGUGUGUAAAUCCAGCUGACAGGUUGUCAUUUGAAGAAUUUUACCGCCAUUGUUUCUUCAUGCAAACAAAUGAGAGGCUAUGACUUAACUCAUCGAAGUAUUCUCAACAUUCUCUCUAAGGUUAAUUUGGUUGGUCUCCAAGUCUUAUCCUUGUUUCGCCAUGCUAUUCCUUUCUCUUCUGCUUUCCGUUACCUAUACUUGCUGAAACUUGUUCGGGGUUGCGUAAGCCUGCAGAUAACCAAUCUGUAAUUUUUUGUAGAUAAUCAAAGCCACAAGUGAUUUCCAAUGUUUCAGGCUGAAGUGAAAACUGGGAUAGUGGCUUUGAUGCAAAAAUGUUCUAUCUUCUGUUAAAAGUGAACUAUAUGAUGCCUUGAAUGUAAGAGUUGAAGAUAGAAGUAAAUAUCUGAAGCGGUUUUCCAGAAACUGUCUUGUGUAUAUCAGGAUGAUGAAAUUGAAGGCUGGACAUAAAAGAAGAGCAGAGGUUGUGUUCUUCUCACUUGAAUAAGUCUGAGCAAUCUGAUGUUCCUCCUAAUCUUCUAUCUGUAUGUGGCAUGCGUGUAUUUGAAUCGAAAUUGGCUUGGUCGUUCUUGUAAGUUAGUCGUCCGAUGUUCCUCCUAAUUUUGUAGGAUUAUAUGCUUGCUCACCCACGGAAGUUGAUGCAAGGUUACUGUUGGUAAGGGGGUGUUUGAACUUUGAAGGUACCAAUGGCUUCUCUUUGUAAUGUGAUGGAUAUAUCCAUAUAUAUAUAUAUCUUUCUUUUGGUAGA